AUGGGCUGCAGGUUCGCUUUAAUCACGGUCAAAGGAAUGACAUGUGGGACCUGCGUUGAUGCCGUUAGUAAGCAGAUUGAGAAAGUUGAUGGUGUGAAGGAGGUUGCUGUAUCUUUGCUGACAGAAGAAUGCCAUGUGAAGUUUGAUAGUGGCAAGGUUAGUGUGGACGACUUGAGAAGCGUUAUUGAGGAUUGUGGGUUUGUUGCUGUGGUAAUUAGUGAACGGAGUGUAGGAACUAGUGAUAAGGUACGAAACGGAGGUGGGAAGGUGGGUGAGGUCGACGGUGGGGGUAUUGAGUAUGGGGAGGGGAAUGUGGGGGGUGAUGCUGUGGCUAGUGGGGGGCUGUUUGGCUUGGGUGUGGAUUUUGUGGGCGGGGGGAGGCCAAGUGUUAGUGGGUCUGGAGCUGUUGGGAUGGAUGUAAUGGGCGGUGGUGUUAUGUGCAAGGAAGAGCUUUCCACGGAAGAGCAGGUGCGGAUGGGGAUUCUUGAUGUUGCAAAGAUGAGAGGUGAUCUGUUGAAUGACGAGGAAGUGGUACGAUUACGGAUUUCAGGUAUGACGUGUGGUGCCUGUUCUGCUGCUGUGGAGCGGGUGGUUUCCUCUAUGCAUGGAGUGCGGAAGGUACAGGUCUCUUUGGUUACUGAGGAUGCGGAGGUCUGUUAUAGCAAGUCGCAGGUGGGCUUGCGUGAGCUUGUCGAUGCAGUUGAGGGUUGUGGAUUUGAAGCGUCUGUCAUUGUUGCAAUGGAUAAUGCUGCACAAUUAAAGCAGUUGGCCAGAUUAGAGGAGAUUGCUCUCUGGAAAAACCAUGCAAUAAAUGCGGGUGUUUGUGCAGUUAUUAUUAUGUGUUUAUACAUGGUAAUUCCCAUGGUGUUUCAGUCGUCGGAAGAGUAUUUCCCAUUCGUUCAAACUCCUAUUAGGGGAUUGUUUUAUCGUGACAUAAUUGGGUUAAUGCUUACUGGAUAUGUUGAAUAUUCUGUGGGAGUUUAUUUCUGCAAGGCCGGAUAUGCCUCUAUGCUUCAUGGUUCUGGAACUAUGGAUACCCUAGUCUGUUUGUCGAAUAUAGCUGCGUUCGCUUUUUCUAGCUAUGCGAUUGUCUUAAAUAUUUGGAAGGGCUAUUCUGAAUUGCCAAAUGUUAUAUUCGAUACUUGCACUAUGUUAUUGCUGGCAGUCUCUCUGGGCAAAUAUUUUGAAGGCAAAGCAAAGUCUCGUACAUCAAAGGCAUUGUCCAAUUUCAUCUCUUUGACUCCAUCUACAUGUUUUGUAAAGGAAUCGUCAGGAGAGCUAAAAGAGAUUCCUGUCGAGCUACUUCAGGUGGGUGACAUUAUUGCUGUAAAACCAGGUAUGAAAAUUCCCGCUGAUGGAGUCAUCAUUGAAGGAGAAACGGAGGUUGAUGAGUCCCUAAUGACAGGUGAAUCAAUGUUUAUCAGCAAAACUGUGCAGUCUAAUGUUUUGUGCGGAUCCAUUAAUGGGCCGGGAUUUAUCUUAUACAAGGCCACCAAGGUCGGCCAGGACACUAGAUUGGCAACUAUCAUCGAUAUCGUGAAAAGCACACAACUAUCUAAAGCACCCAUCCAAAGGUACGCAGACUACAUGGCUGCACGAUUUGUACCGUGUGUUUUAAUCCUGACAAUUUGUACCUUUGUGUUUUGGAUGGUUUUUAGCAGUAUAUCCUCCAAACCUCCAAGAGCUUUCAAUGGUCCUAAUGGUAAGUUUUAUGUUAGUUUACAAACAGCAAUAUCUGUUCUAGUUGUUGCAUGCCCAUGUGCUUUAGGUCUUGCAUCUCCAACUGCCAUCAUGGUUGGCACAGGCCUUGGCGCGAACAAUGGUGUGUUGUUUAGAGGGGGCGAUGUCAUUGAAAACUGUGGAUCACUGAAUGCAUUUUUGUUUGACAAGACAGGCAUCUUGACUACUGGAUGCAUGGUAGUUAAGCGAUUUGUGGCUAUGAUACCGUCAGAUGAGAUAGAUUCGCUUCACUGGAGUUUAAUCAACAUAGCUGAGAAGAUCAGCGAACAUCCAAUAGCGAAGGCUAUAGUUCAGUAUACCGACGAAUAUGCAUCCCUAAAGCUACUGUCCAGCGCAGAAAUAAUAGAACAGAAGUUCGUAAUGGGGAAGGGUCUCCGUUGUUCAAUUUCACUCUCCGGUAUCGUCUACAAUGUUAUUAUUGGGAAUAAAAGUUUAAUGCCUACUGAGGUCAACGCCAAGACAAGUUGCACCGAAACUUACGUUUGCAUAAAUAAUAUUCUAAUCGGAAAAUUCGAAAUAUAUGACAACUUGAAACAGGAUGCUUAUGAUGUUAUCCAGUACUUAAUCUCGAAGGGAUAUUAUGUGGGAAUGGUCACGGGUGACAACCAUGCGGCAGCUAUGAGGGUAGCCCACGAGCUUGGUAUGCCGUUGAACAACAUAUACAGUGACGUUUACCCUGAGCAAAAAAGUGAAAUCGUAUCACAGUUACAAAAAGAAAAUAAUUAUAAAGUUGCGUUUGUUGGCGACGGCUUCAAUGAUUCAACUGCACUAGUCACUAGUGAUUUGGGUAUUUCGGUAUCCACUGGUACGGAAAUCGCUAUAGAAGCAGCCGACGUCAUAAUAUUGGAUGACUACAACCCAGAUAAAUCCUCACUCAAGGGGUUAAUAUAUGCAUUGGACAUUUCAAAGAAAACUUUCCAACGGAUAAAAUUAAACUUAUUCUGGGCUGUUAUUUAUAAUUCAUUCAUGAUACCAAUUAGUAUGGGAUUUUUAUUGCCAUGGGGUAUUUCUUUACAUCCGAUGCUUGCUGCAUGUGGCAUGGCUCUAAGCUCUGUCAGCGUGGUAACUUGCUCAUUACUCCUAGGUAGGUGGACUCCACCAGAUUUUAAGAGCAGCGUUACGAGUCAAAACUCAGCUAGUAUUUUCACGAGAUGGCGCAACUAUUUCAAUUCCACAAAUACCCCUAACGAGGAGAUAGAGUUGCAAAAACGCCUAAUUCCAUAA